GAUGACAUGUGUUGUGAAUUGACUCUAUAUAAAUAAACUGAAUUGAAUGGAACUGAAUAGGAUCUUUGCUUUGACAACUGAAGCCUUUUCAUGCAACACGCCUGUCUCUACCCGCUCUUUAUAUAAAAGCUUUUAGUUUCACUUUCUUUUCUUCUGAAAACAUCGCUGAGGACGAAUCUUCACCCAGCUGCUCUCCUUCACGUCUGCUUGCAGAAGUCACUAUGGAGAAAAAGGAUGUCCAAACUGGCUUGUUUGGGGUACCAAGGACUACAGCUUCUUUCCCCCUUUUUGGAGCUCCAGUGACUACAACUGCAGUGACCCCCUUUGGAGCUACAACAAAUACAACUUCUGCGUUUGGUAUGGCUUCUGCCAGCUUCAGUACAAACACCCUGUUACAAAAUGAAACCACAAAAGAUAACAAGAAGGAAAGGUGUGUAGCAAUCCCAGUGUUUUCAGGACUUCCAAUAAAGUUGGAAACUCCGUGGAGAGAUGUGCAGUGGACUGAAGAGCAAAAGAAAAACCUGAUGAAGAUCGUCAGCUCCUACAAACCGCAUUGUAAGGAUGUGCCUCAUGCUCGGGUUCUCCUCCUUGGACCGGUUCGUUCUGGAAAGUCCAGCUUCAUCAGUUCAGUCCAGUCUGUGUUUAAUGGGAGAGUCACUAACCGGGCCAUGGUGGGGUCCUCCUUCAAUACCAGCUUCACCAAAAAGUUACAGUCCUUCAACAUACGUGCUCAGAAGGGAGAAGAGAAUACUAGGCUGGUUCUGUGUGACAGCAUGGGCCUCGGGGACGGAGAGAUGACUGGGAUGACCUUACAUGACAUCCUGUCAGUGAUAAAAGGCCACGUUCCUGAGGGGCACAAGUUCAGUCCAGAUCAACCAGUUGGCACAGACACUGCAGGCUAUGUGAAGACGCCCGGCCUCAGCGACAAAAUCCAUUGUGUUGCUUUUGUGGUGGAUGCCUCAAAAAUGACAUCCUAUGGCAAAGGCUUCACCCCUGCCUUCAAACAGCUCAGAGAGUACAUCAGCGAGCUGGGUGUUCACCAGGUGGCUCUGCUGACCCAUGUUGACCAGAUUUGUCAAGAAACAGCCAAAGAUGUGAGCCAAGUCUAUAGAAGCCCAAGUGUUAGAGAGACGAUGAAUAAAGCCGGAGCUCUCCUGGGUAUGUCCACCUCCUACAUUGUUCCAGUGAAGAACUACUCAUCAGAGCUGGACCUGGAUGUAAACACAGAUGUGCUUCUGCUCAGUGCUGUUGAUCACAUCCUGCAGUACGUUGACCUGUUUCUUCAGGACUACACGCCACAGAAAACGUCUGGAAGAUUUGUUUACGAAUAAGAUUUCCUUAAAUGUGGAAUGUUUUUUAUGAUUUCUUGGAAACAAGUUGCUAUAAAAAUUCAGUUGUAAUAAUUUGGCAUUUUUGUUACAAAGAGUACUUUGUUAUUCAUACAAAACUGGAACAUAGCAACUUUCCGUAGUUCUUAUUACUUGUAGGCUGUAUUUUUACUAAAAUGCACUAAGAUCAUAAUGGCAAAAGGCAAUAAUUACCUUACAGCAAACUUACUGUUAAGAAUGUUUUUCUUUUUUUCUUUUUUCUUGUAAACUAGAAUGCUAUUUUAUUUCUUUAUUAAUUGAUAAACAAGAACAGUGGUAUUUUGAUAUAAUAGCAAUAAUAUUUUUGAGGAACAGUAAUAUUUUUUAUUUCUUUCUUUUCUUUAGAUACAAAACGUUUAACCAAUCAGAGUGUGAGAUCUGAUUAAAUUCUUUCUGUAAAGUGCCUUAAGAUGAUGUGUUGUGAAUUGGUGCUAUAUACUUAAACUUAAUAGAACGGAAAAUUAAAAGUGAGUGCCUGAAAAUAAAUUUUUAUAGUCUCUCACUAUAUUAUUUAACAACCCAAAACAAAUUUUUUGCCAACAAGCACAUGCCAAAUUAAGAACAGAUUGUUGUGUUAUAAAGCUGAUCUAAAGAGCUUCCAGUUUUGGUCAAUUGUGGCCCGCCCCAGUGGACAAAAGCUGUAUUAUUUUGCCUGAAGGAAGACGGCAUUUUCCAUAACGA